AUCCGACUCCGACCCGGAAAUGAUCUGACCCGCUCCAUGUAUAAUAUGGUCGGGUAUUUGAACCGACCCACUCCAUGACCAAAUUAAGUCAAGUAUUUGAACCGAUCCGGGAAAGGAUCCGACCCAAUCUAUUUUCCUAAUUUUCUGAAUUAGCGCCAAUUUGGCUUUCCCGCCCCUCCAUGAACCCACUCCGCCCUACCUCCGCCCUUUAUCUACGCCACUACGAGAAUCCGCAGGCUAAAUCUGGAUUCACCGUGUAUAGGAAGAUUUACAUUGCAGGAGCUGGUAAAUUGAGGACUAGAAGAAGAGGAAGGCGGAGAUGUUCUACUCGCACACUUUCCUGGCAAGGAAAGGUCCGCUGGGUACGGUUUGGUGCGCCGCGCAUUUGCAGCACAAGCUUAAGAAGUCUCACUACAUCUCCACGAAUGUUCCCAAAACCGUCGAUCGAAUCAUGUAUCCUGAGGUGCCGCUUGCACUAAGGAUGUCAGGACAUCUUCUUGUUGGAGUUGUGAGGAUUUAUUCAAAACAAGUUGACUAUCUCUUUGAAGAUUGUAAUGUUAUACGGACUACGAUCAAUCGGAUUCUUCGAAAAAUAAAUGUCAAUCUCCCUGAAGAUGCAACUCAAGCAACAUUCCAUUCUGUUACCUUGCCGGAAAAUUUCAACCUUGAUUCCAUAGAAUUGGAUAGCUUUGAUACAGACUGGCAACAAGAUUAUCAUCUUAAAAGCCUAGAUGAAAUUACUUUAACAGAGCAAAUUCCAACUGGACAAGAUCCUUAUAUUGUCAUUAGUUUUCAAGAGCAUGAAUUACCUGGGCCACCAGCUGAGGAAAAUCUAGGAUCAGGGCCGGCUCCGAUGGACGAAGAACCUCCAGUUGAAGCUGCUGCUGCUGCAGCUGCUGAAUUUCAGGCCACUCCCAGCAAACAAUUAGGAACAGAUGAUAGAAGUAUUGGAUCAAUCAGUCCCCAAGAAUUGCCAAGUAUUGAGAUCAUGCGCGAUGCUAGACAGAGUUUAGAUUUCACCGCUUCACCAAUGUUGUCUGAUCGGGCCGAACCAGAUGCAGUUCUGGAAGAGCAAAUCAACAAGGAUAAGGAAAUCAAUACUCCUCACUCAGUUGAAGUACCAUUGCCGGGUGGCUCUGUCUCUUCACCACAAGCUCAUGAAAAACCACCCUCUUUCGGGCGCUUGGGUUCCCCGAUUGCCUUUGAACACCAGUCAAAUGAGUUGCAAAUCCAACCAACCCCACCUGUUGCAAAGCCACAGAUUCGAAGAAAAAGGAAACAGUUUUUUGAUGAGACAAUCAUAUUAAGCAAUCCGUUCAUCCAAAAAGGGUUAAAUGAUACCAGUGAUAUCUGCCGGAAGAGAAAAAACUGCCCCACUUCUUCUCUUGCCAUCUGGAACCGAAACAAUCGGCUGCGUUUAAGGAAGGAUGGCCUCUUUCUUCCGCCUUAUCCUUCUGGAUCUUGUUCUGAGUUGCAAGAUAUAUACAAGAAAGAUGCUAUUUCUGUUAAAUUUCCUCCAGUCCCUGCAGAAGAAGCGCAUCAAGAGACAACUGCUGAUCAACCCUCUGUAUCCAGGCAUGGUGAUGACAUGGAGAUCGAAAUUCCUAGAAAUAAUGAGUAUGCUUCGCCUAACAGACAGAUUCCUGAUAUCACCAAUGUUUUGCCAUCGCCAAGUGAAAGAGACCACUCGGCUUUUCAUAAUUUGGAUACCGGGUUACAUCCACAUCGGGAAGCAACUGAAGAGGAAGAAGCACUGCCCACUGCAAGUGUGGGGGCAUCUUCUGGAAUGCUUGAUUCAGAAAUCAGAACCCCAGAUUCAGUUUUUGGGAAGAGCUUGCAGGCUGAGCACACAGUACUAUCUAACAUUUCUGAGUUUGUGGCUUCUCCAGGGGAGCUUCGAUUUCUGGACCAAGAGGACAAUUCUCCAGCUGGAUCCCAAGGAACACCUGCAUCUGCUAACUUAGGAACUCAAGGAACCCCAGAACUUCACGCAUUAUCUUCACGAACAAGAGCUGUGGCUCAGUACUUGAAGAGGCAGGCCUCAGCAACCCCAGCCUCAAGCAGCGCAGCAGAAUCAUCCGAGGAUCUCAGUUUGAACAAGAUCUUGGAAGGCAAAACCAGAAAGAUAUGCGCUCGAAUGUUUUACCAAGCUCUGGUGUUGAAGAGUAACGACCUUGUCGACGUACACCAAGAAGUACCAUAUGGAGACAUCACCUUGAAAGUAACUCCAAAGCUCUCCAAGGAACAAUUCUCCAUCUAAAACAGAAGAUGUCAGUUUAGUGAUAUUUAUAUAUGUAAAUAGCUAAGUUAAAGCAUAGCCCCAUCUCAGUUUUGUAAAAUUAUUUUAUCCUCUCUACUAGUAUUCUUGCCAUACAAUUGAUAUCAAAUGUUAAAAUAUUUUGUAGCAGAAAAUGAAUCAACAUGUUAUAAAUAAGGAUCUUAUAUCCUGCAACUUAAUGGUGUCUUCUUUGAACCCCCAGCGAAUGUCGGUUUUAUUACAACAGUUGUUAUUAUCAUGUGACUAAGUCACAGCAACAGCUAAUUCUCAGACAAUAGUUUGCUGAUUUUGUUCUCAAUAUGGGCUUCAUGAUCCUCGAGACGACCCUUCACUUCACCAUCUUCCCACCGGAUCAAUGUAGGCACUCCUUUGAGCUUGAACCUUGAGUCUGUCCUCCAUGGAUGCCCGGGAUCUCUCCAUGUGGGCCGAUCUCCCACAUAUGCCCUCAGUAGAGCCACAUUAUCCGUCGAUGCUU